AUUUCAAAUGCAACAUGAAGUUGGUUCAUUGUUUGUGUCUUUCUCGAAUAUUCACCAAUGAUCGAGACUCCAUUAGUUUCAAGAUUUUUGGCCAUGAUGUUUCCUUCACCCUUGAAGACUUUCACAUUAUGUGCAGUUUGCGGAUCACAACACAUAAUGUUGAAAAACCAAUUAAUCGAGAGAGCAAUAUUCUGAAGCGCUAUUUUGGGAAGUCUAAGGGUGUGACCUUGAAGGAUAUUCGAGAUUUUAGGAUUCGGAAUGCAAUUCCAAAGAAUGCUGUGAAUUUCAGACACGUAUGCUAGAGUGAUGAAGAUGUUGUGAAGCUUAUGGAAAUUCUUGUUGUGGAGUCUAUUUUGUUUGGAAAAAAGACUGAAUCAUCUGUGCUGGAGGAGUAUGCAGCUAUUGUUGAAGAUGAUAAGGCUUGUGCUGAAUAUCCUUGGGGUAAUGUGUGUUAUGAGAAGCUCAUUUACUCACUGAAACAUGUAUUGGACAAGCAGAACAAAUUUCAUUCAACUGAGUAUAAAGUUGGUGGAUUUCCAUUUCCGUUAUGUGCUUGGUUCUAUGAGCGCUUCCCUGAUAUUCGGGAGAAGUAUUUAAGACAUGAUGAGUACCUGGAUACCCCUCAGGUUCCCAUGAUAUUACGUUAUAUAUGUGUGGGAGAGGCUAAAUAUAACGAACUUUAUGAGGAUUACUUCAGUAAUUAUGCUGUAAGUUAAUUUUUUUUUUAUUUUUGUCUUUGUGUUAAUAUGUUGACAUAUUAGUUGUUUUUCCCCCUCAUAAUAUACUUUUUUGUAUUAAACAGAGAUAUUGCACGUUUAGGGUAUUGGAUAUAAUUCCUACCGAAGAGGAAUUGAAUUCAAUGCCUUUAAUUGGACAAUUACCAUGCAGCCGGAUUCGUACAAAGGUACUUAAUGCGGUUCCUUCAACUGGUGAAUCACCACGUAGUCUGAGUCGAUCAAAAGAAGCGAAUCGAACUCCUGUUAUUGGCAAAUCACCACGUAGUCGGAGUCGAUUAAAAGAAGCGAAUCGACCUCCUGUUAUUGGCGAAUCAUCUCGUACCCAGAGUCGUUCUAACCGUUCUACAACAACGUUUGACAAUGAAUUAGUCGAUACAAUAUGUUCUAGGGUAACGAUGGAGGUUCAAAGGCAUGCAGAAAAAGAAAGAAGCACGAUCGCGAAAGAAGUUGUCGAUAAGUUUAAACGGGAUGAGCGAUAUGCUAUUGUGGUUGCGGUUUUUGAAAAAGUGAAGGAAUAUUUCGAUGAGAAGUUUGAAAAGUUGUUUAAGAUUGUCGACAAAUCUAAUGGAAUGGACGAUGGCAAUUGUGAUUUGAUGAGCUAUCGACAAUAUGAUAGGAUGAACGACUCUUUCGAACAUCUAUCGGAUAUUAAUGUUGUUCAUGAUGCAUCACAUAAAGUCGCAGAUGAAAAUGCUACACGUGAGGAAGCGGCUUUUGAAGGCGAUCAACAUGUUCAAGAACAAGUUGAAGAGGAACGUUCUAGUGUUGAUAGACUGAGCAGAGAUGGAAAUGAUGAACAUUUAUCAACUGAGAAUGUUGGAAGCAAGCAGGGUGCAGAUGAUCAAGUUGUUGAUACUGAAGAACAUGCUGCUCAUGAUGCAUCGCAUAAAGUCGCAGAUGAAAAUGCUACACGUGAGGAAGCGACUCUUGAAGGCGAUCAACAUGUUCAACAACAAGUUGGAGAGGAACAUUCCAGUGUUGAUAGACUGAGUAAAGAUGGAAACGAUGAAGAGUUAUCNGAUGGAGGAUCGGGGGAGAGACUAGGGUUCAUACCUGUGGAGAGGGAUAGUGGAGAAGAAGAUGGGUGA